AGACCAGAUAAGAAAACCUUGAACGUCACAUAUAUAUCUAGGAUAUAUAUCGUGAUUGCUCAGUUCUGUCAGGACUUGGAAACAAAAUGUGGAUUGUUACAUUAGCCGCCGCUCUAGCUGUUGCGUCAGCAAAACCACAUGUGAAGGAAGUGGGAACAAAAAAUUCACCUUGUGGUACACCAUCUGGGACACCAAAUAGUUUUUCACAAUAUAUAGUGGGCGGUAGUGUGGCAGAUCAGCUGGCGUGGCCAUGGCAGAUCAGCUUGGAAUAUGGCGGCCGCCAUAUUUGCGGUGGUUCCCUGGUCAGGAACAACGGUGGACAAUUGGUGGUAGUCACAGCGGCUCAUUGUGUUGACGGUUCUCUGGGAAAUGCAGGUCGGCUCGGAGUCAGAGUCGGGACGGUAAGAUUGAGCCAGACCAGCGUUGGAGAACUUCUAGGUGUGUCCGAGGUGAGGAAGCAUGCAAACUACAAUUCCGCAACCAUCAACAAUGAUAUCGCUAUUUUGAUACUCAGUUCACAACCAACGGAAAGUGACACGGUCAUGCCCGUCUGUAUACCUAAAUCUAAUCACGGAGUAGACGAACUUGCUUACGUCACAGGAUGGGGCACAACUACAGAGGGUGGAUCUACAUCAGACAGGCUGUUGGAGGUUGGUAAGCCUGUCCUGGCAGAUAGUGCUUGUACAAGCUACCUAGGCUCUUCCUUCAACAGAAAUACAAUGUGUUGUGCUGGCUUCGCACAGGGUGGUGCCGAUGCCUGUCAGGGAGAUUCUGGCGGACCGCUGGUUGCAGAACGUAACGGUGUCUGGGAGCUGGUUGGUGUUGUGAGCUGGGGAUAUGGUUGCGCUCGACCGGAAUUACCUGGUGUUUAUGCUGAUGUGUAUAAUUUCAGAAGCUGGGUUUCAUCGAACUGGAGUUUCUAAUAAAAUUAAACUCUACAUUUUGGUAAAAA